AUGUUUGGUGUCUCUACUUCCAGUGAAACACUUUCAAAUGACUACGGACAUUUUGGCACCGACCAUGCUUCUUUUUCCCUUCCGCCCUCAUCAAACCCUCCGGUAACGGAGGAGCAGGGGGCUCUGUCCUCGAGUCCCAUUCCCAAUCCUGAAGAGACACAAGAGGCAGAGGAAGAGUCCUCCAAACCAACUCAGGCUGGUGAGGAUGAUUCCGUAGUCGAGGAUGUACCCUCUAUGACCCUCACUAUCACUAACGUUGUCUGUAUGGCCAAUAUGCGAUGUCAUUUACGCUUGAAGGAAAUUGCCCGAUCUAGUGUAAAUGUGGAGUACAAGGCACUUCAAAAUGUAAGUGCUUAUUCCUCGUCUUCUUUAUCUUUUCAUCCCCCCUUUCUAUUUCCCCACCAUUUGGCUCACACUUGCAACUUGCUUAGACACUCCACUAAAUACAUUUAUUUGUUUUACUGUGGUAUUCUGGUCAGCAGGACUCAUUGGGGUCGUUAG